AUGGCACAGCCGAACAAAGCCGCUCUCGUGGGUCUUGCAAACACACUUUCAGAACAGGUAAAGCGUUAUCUGGGCACUGCAGAUGGAGCGAAGCUCUCGGAAGUCGAUACACACUGCAUGGACGGUGUGAGAAGUCCCUCCUCCACGGAACACGCGCAGGCUUGGGAGAUCGUGCGCACCUGCGACCGCAUCAGCUCCUUGAUUCAUGGCCCUGUUCCUUGGCUCCUAAGCAACGCGUUGUCCCAUCUCGAUAGCGCCUGUUUAGCUGCUGCCACCCAGCUCAACCUACAGGAUAUCAUUGUGGAUGGACCGAGUCCCACAUCACUCAAAACGAUCGUCGCCGCAACCGGAGUCUCCGAGGACUUACUACGACGGAUUCUUCGAGGCUGUGCCCAGCGCCUCAUCUUCGAGGAGGUUGCGGCUGACCAAUACGCGCACACUGAUGCCUCAAAGAUGUUGUGUGUGACGGGCAUUCAUGCCUUAGUAGGCUUCUCAUGUCCUCACCAGCGAGACCGAGUUAGUUGUGAUGAAGUGAUGCACUCGGGCGCCUGCUUUUCGGACUUUUUACAGCAGACUAAAGGCAACCCUCCGAGCUGGAAUGUGCCUUCACCUUUCUCUUUAGCAUUCGAUCCUGCCAAAGGGUUAUUUGACUAUUACAGCAUGGUGGAUGAGUCUCGUGGCCGCCGCUUUGACCUAGGUAUGGGUGGUACCGAAGCCACGAAGCCGCUCGUAGAGGAGAUGUUUGAUUUCAGCAGUCUACCUGAAGGUAGCACCGUGGUCGAUAUUGGCGGCGGUCGGGGUCAUCUCAGCCGGCGAGUUUCACAAAAGUAUCCUCACUUGAGGUUUAUCGUACAGGACCUGCCUGCCGUCAUUCACGGAGUCGACGACACCGAUAAAGUCACCAUGAUGGAGCAUGACAUUCGACACCCGAACCCAGUGCGUGGCGCCGACGUCUACUUUCUUCGAUCUAUUCUCCAUGACUAUCCCGAUGCUGCAUGCGUGGAAAUUCUCUCCAACAUCGUCAGUGCUAUGGACCCAACCAAGUCGCGCAUCCUGCUGGACGAAAUGGUUGUGCCCGAUAUUCUGGCGCAGGAUUCGCAGCGAUUCAUGAAUCAGAUUGACAUGACCGUUGUUCUGACAUUGAACGGUAAGGAGAGGUCUACCAAGGAGUGGGAUUCGCUCAUUACGGCGGUAGAUGGUGGGCUGGAGAUUGAGAAAACUUGGUGGCGCAAAGGCGAGGAAGGGUCGCACUGGGGCGUCCAACAAUUGCGUUUGCGCGGCAACUCGGCCAAGUAG